AAACUCCGAUUCAGGAGGAACCGUGAAUCCUAAACGCACCGAAGCAAAUAGUUUCAUCAUUUCCGAGUCAGCUUCAUACUAUUUAGACCUUGGGAGAUGGCAAGGAGAGCUUGAACACUGUAUUCCGCACAGCUAGGAGGCUGAACAGGGAAACCCUCGACUUUGUCAUCCUCGAUGGUGUCAACACGGUCUACCAAGAGACGCUCACGCAGCCCUGCUGCUGAGGUAGAUUCUGAUCCUCGUCCCGGAAAAGCACCGAGAAAAUCAGAGAAGCUUGUGCAGGAGCCUGAGCAAGAGCCUGAUCAACCUUCGAAGACUGUCAAGGUUGUUCUUCUGGAUAUAGAGGGUACUAUAUGUCCAAUCACCUUUGUAAAAGACACGCUUUUCCCAUAUGCUCUGAAAGCUCUGCCGGACGUACUGGCUACAAAAUGGGAUGAUCCGGCAUUCACGCCCUACCGGAAUGCAUUUCCUGAGUCGGCCUCAUCAUCACCUGAAGCGUUAGAAGCUCAUGUCAAGGACCUUACCGAGCGAGAUGUCAAGAUCGCUUACCUGAAGAAUCUUCAAGGUUACCUUUGGGAGGAUGGCUACAAGUCCCACGCUUACUCAACGCCAAUCUACCCGGAUGUCCUUGCCGCACUGGACCAAUGGUCCAAAUCUAUGGAGGUCGUCAUCUAUAGCAGCGGUUCGAUUUUCGCGCAAAAAUUGCUGUUUCAACAUAUCAAAGACCCUGCUUCUUCAGACGACCCUGAAGCCGUCCUAGAUCGGCGUGACGAUAUCAAGGCCUGGUUCGACACGACAAAUGCUGGACUCAAGCAUGAUGCAAGCAGCUACGAGAAUAUAGCCCAGGAUUUAGAGCAAGAUCCGAAGGAGAUUCUGUUCUUGAGCGAUAACGUCAAGGAGGUUCGUGCGGCGAUUGAAGCAGGGAUGGUCUCUAAGGUGGUGGACCGACCUGGGAAUCCGCCGCUGUUGGAUGCUGAUAGGAAGGAGCUUGAGGUGGUGGAGAGCUUUGAGCAGCUUGGACUGUGAGGUCAGCUAUGUGGACCGGGAGAUGGUCUUCAGCAUUCAGCGACGCAUCACGAGGAAAAUUGGCUUGAAGUGAUUUGAGGGCGCAAAAGCAUCAAGCAUCUUGGUCAGUAGAACAACCGUCGAGUGACUUAAUCUUCGUCAAAAGCAUGAUCAAAGUAGUAUU